CUUUUUAACAUGCGAUAUCAAUGGUAUACCGUGUCACCAGGAUGUUAUCCGCGGUACAACUACGCUAUAACGAAGACUUCUAAAUUGUUUGAAAGAUAUAAACAUAUACGAGAACAGAAUAAGCUCACAGUCAAUACUAAAGAUAUAUGCCAAACAAAAGAAAUAGAUAUAUAUCUCGGAAUAGGGGAAGAUAGAGAAACCCCGUUAGGGAUAAAAGAUAUUAUACUUAAACAGGAGAAAAUUGAAAACAACGGCACUGUCGAUAGUUUUUGGCAUAAAAAUGCAAACCCUAAAAGACAUAUACAGAUACUAAUUACCGACAGCUGGAUGAAAGAAAUCAAGGCUUUAUUUCCGUAUAAAACAAAAUUAAAUGUUGUUGUCAAGAAAGAUGACGCAGAAAUCGAAGGAAUGGGGACGGAAAUGCAGUCCGAAGAUAGCACUACGAGUUUGUUCACAACAACAGAAAAAGCUGCGCGAAAUAUUUGUAAUUGGCUAGAACGGAUAGCAUUGAAACCAAUGAAAGAAAUGUGUGAGUAUCUUGAUCAAGUUUUGAAGGACAUGAGAUUGGAAAAUUCAAAUGAAAAUCGAUCUUCUCCAUCGGACCUGAAAUGCCAAAAAAAGUGUUUCAAUCAGGAAAAUGUUACUUUCAAGAGAAAUGCAAACAUAAGCGAUCCUAUAACGAUUGGGAAUGAAGUGGGUUGUAAUGAUUCUGGAAUAGGAAUGGAUGCAUCUCAAGAUGCCAAAAAUGACAGUAUAUGGAAUGAAUCAUCACAGGUGUGUGCAUCGUCUGAAACAUUUAGCCAAAAUUUAGACGAAGAAACAGUUGCAAAUUUGCUGAAGGAAAUGCUUGCGGUAUAUGGCAUGAGUAAUGUUCCGAAAUGUGAGCGCCCAGUUAUCUCAGAAAUUGAUGAAGUCCAUGAUUCGGUCAAGAAAGAAAUAUUCAGUGCAAGUGACACAAUCAUAGGACUUGGAUAUCGGGUAGAUAAGCUACACAUCUAU